AUGCGGUUCCUGGUUGCGCUGGUCCUGCUGAGCGUCGCGGUGGCGGGAGUCCCGCCGGCCAGUCCGCCUCCCAGUUCGACGGGAGUAAAGACUGAAGGUCCGCCUACUACUGGAACGUACUCCACCCCGCCCGCCUCGAGCCAGCUGCCUGAGGAAAAACGUGCGCAGGAAGAUUUACCCUCUCACAAUCCGUCUUCCACGAACGACAGCUCUAGCACGUCGGGUUCGGGGCGGCCGUCCUCCCAAGGAAACUCCAGCACGUCGGGUUCGGAAGGGCCGUUCUCCCAAGGAAACUCCAGCACGUCGGGCUCGGAAGGGCCGUUCUCCCAAGGAAACUCCAGCACGUCGGGUUCGGGGCGGCCGUCCUCCCAGGGGGACUCCGGCACGUCGGGUUCGGGGCGGCCGUCCACCCAGGGGGACUCCGGCACGUCGGGUUCGGGGCGGCCGUCCACCCAAGGAAACUCCGGCACGUCGGGUUCGGGGCGGCCGUCCACCCAGGGGGAGUCCGACAAGUUGGAUUCAGAACAGCCUUCCUUAGGAGAAGAUAAGUCUUCAGAGCUUACCGAAGAUAUGGAGCCCAAGGAGGCUGAAGAUGGUGAUACAGGGCCUGAAGAGGGCUCACCACCCAAAGAAGAGAAAGAAAAGAUGUUCGGCCCUGCCUCUGGUGAGAACCGAGAAGGGACACUUUGGGAAUCCAUGAAUAGCGAGAAGGGUGUCCUUUAUAAGGACAGUCCUGGAAGUGCCAGUGCAGAGAGCAGCCACUUCUUUGCAUAUCUGGUAACUGCAGCCAUUGUCGUUGCUGUCCUCUAUAUUGCCUAUCACAACAAGCGCAAGAUUAUUGCUUUUGUCCUGGAAGGGAAAAGAUCCAAAGUCACUCGGCGGCCAAAGGCCAGUGACUACCAGCGUUUGGACCAGAAGCUUUGAUUUUUUGUCCUUGAAAACCUUGUCCUCCCUGCUGAUUUGUUUCUAAAUCAAGAAAAAUGAAGAGAAAAGUACUGUGACCUAAGAAACACUUCUCCUCUGGGGUUUGGUGGCAAGUCUGGGCUAGCAGAGGCGGGGGGGUUGUUUUGAGUUUUGCACCUGCACUUUGGUGACACUGUACUCCUAUGUUUUCUUUAUUUAUGCUGAUGACUUCCCUCCUUUCCUCCUGAGUGUGAGUGGAGGGAGCAUGUGGAAACAUGGCUAUGACCAAAGGGGGAUCCCAGCCCUGGCAGAGGCUACAUUGCUGAUCACCCUCCCUUGGGCCUUGACUCUAUCUAGUAAAGUUUGCCCUUGACUGUGGCAUUGCACUCUCUACUAUUUUAUCUUUGCAGACCUAGGAGACAACUCUGCAGGUAGAGGUGCUUUUCUACUAAGGCCUUUUACUUUGGGGGAAUGUGCCCUGCAAAAGAUGUCGAGGAUUGUGAAAUGUUGAUGGGCAAAGGGUGACUUUGAACACAUAAUUCUCUCCCGAGGCUUCAGCAACAAACAAAAACAGCAGGUUAAAAAAGUGCUUUCUUGCCUGCAAGUCUAACCUGUCUAGCAUGAAUUCCUCAUGUUUUUGAUGUUUCAUAUUACUUGAGACAAAGUGAGUCCACUUCCAUUUGUUUAUACUGAGCAUAAAACUGAACUUAGAGUUUUUGGAGGUUAAGCCACUGUUCCCAACACAGAUUUUUUUUUAAAAUGGGGUUAUCAUCAUUGAAACUGUGUUUUUUCAUACAGUCAUACUCAACAGGAACUUUUUGAAAUAGGGCAAUUUCAUGCUUCAAGAAAACAUGUAGGAGGGUUUUGGUUUUGUUUCACAUUUCUUUCAAAGGGCUUUUAUGAAACAGAUUUUCAAAAACUCCAUUUU